GGUGGCGCAACAUGAUUGGCUGGAAACAAAAACGAAAAGAAAUCUGAAGGACAAAAUGUUACCGGCAAAGAAAAACAUAAAUCGGAUUCGUAUUCCGUUCAUUUUUCUUGCAAGAUCGAUCGAACAACCGUCCCAUCAGAGAGUCCAUAACCCGCACCGGCGGGGACACCAAUAAAAAGCGCAGAAGCUCUUCCUCCCCGCCAUUCCCGCACACUGAGCAGAGCUCUGCUCGCCGCAACCGAACUGAGAUUUGCAUCGGCCAUCGCCAGAAUCUUCGGCAGAAACCUACCUACGGUAUUUUACCUCCUUCCGUAUUCCUGGAUCCUGUCGAGAGCGGAGGCAGCAGCAGCAACAGUAGCAGGAGGAGGUAGGAGGAAGGAAAGAUGAAUAUAUUCAGAUUAGCAGGUGACAUGACUCACCUCGCCAGCGUUCUCGUCCUGCUGCUCAAGAUCCACACCAUUAAGUCAUGUGCAGGUGUCUCUUUAAAGACCCAGGAACUUUAUGCACUUGUCUUUAUCACUCGCUAUUUGGACAUAUUUACCUCUUUUGUAUCCAUCUAUAAUACCAUCAUGAAGUUAAUAUUCUUAGGAAGCACAUUCUCAAUUAUAUGGUACAUGAAACGCCACAAGCUUGUCCGAAGAUCUUAUGAUAAAGAUCAAGAUACCUUCCGCCACUGGUUCCUCGUACUGCCUUGUCUGAUCCUUGCCCUUCUUAUUCACGAGAAAUUUUCAUUUCUGGAGGUGAUGUGGACUUUUUCCAUAUUCCUAGAAGCAGUUGUCAUACUUCCUCAACUUGUACUGUUACAGCGGACCAGAAAUAUUGACAAUUUGACAGGUCAAUAUGUGUUUCUUCUGGGUGCUUACCGGGCCCUUUAUAUACUCAACUGGAUCUAUCGUUACUUCACAGAGCCGAACUAUGUUCACUGGAUAACUUGGAUUUCAGGGCUCGGGCAAACGCUGCUUUAUGCCGACUUCUUCUACUAUUACAUUGAGAGUUGGAAAAACAACAAGAAGCUCCAGUUACCGGCAUGAGUGAUUUCUUAUGGUAGCUGGAGAUUUGCAGGCGCGUGGGGACGGAUUCAGUUUGGGAGCUGCCAAAUUUUGUUGCUGUUUAUGGACUUCUGUCCUUUUUACUGUAUGAUGAUGGUUUAGCCACUUUAGCAGUUCUAUACUAUACUAGAGCCAUGCCUUCAAAGAGAUGCCGACUCCGAACGUACACUCGAUACUCCAUUUGUGUACUUUUGGGACCCGGUUUUGUUUGUGACAUCUUCAAGUAAAGGUUGAUGCAC